AAAAAAAAAAAAAUUUCGUGCUGGAAAUAUGUAUCACAAAAUAAGAUCGGGUAUCUUUUUCACUCCACCUUUCGAUGCACUAAAUAAGUGCCCAUUAUAAAAAUGACUAAAUUAUUCUUAGUGUAAUCAUGUUUCAUCCCUUUAAGAAUCUCACUGUCACCAGCAGAAAAACCUUUUCAAUAUACUGUUCUCCCAGAUCCAUCUUCCCCAACUUGUAUCUGUAACCUCUCCAUAAGAUCUCUCUGAUACGAUACCAUUUUUGUCCUGCUCACCGAUUUCAAAAACAACAAAAAUCGAAGUUUGUAGUUUUUGUCUCCGAUGAAAAGCAAAAUCCACCAUCAGCUGAAUAACAAUAAUGUUGUUGUAGGUAGCGAUAAUGGCUGCGGAAGCGAGUCUCCAAGCCCACGUUUAUCUUCGAAUCGGCGUGUCCUCCGUCGGGAACGGCAGAAAACUCUGUUCCAAGUUUCUUCGUUCUCUCUCUGGAGAAAUCUUCGUUUCUUGCUUCUCCUUCCUAUGAUUUACGCUUCUGGGCUUAUCAUGUGUGUUGGUCCUUUCUCGGGUCUUGUCGGGUGGGUCUAUGUUCCCGGUUCAGUUUAUCGAAGCCCUGAGAUUUACCGAAAACUCCGAGUUGACAUUCUCUCUGACAAUUCAACUUCGCUUGAGUUUUCAUCUGUUUGGAAAUACAAAAGGAAGCCAAAAAUGCCAAAACCUUGUCCGAAUUCGACAGUUUCACCACAUCUUGGUUUCGACAGAGAACCAUCUGCUCUUGCUCCUAGCGGUUACUUGAUCGUAAAUGCAAAUGGCGGCCUUAGUCAGCAGCGUUCCGCGAUUUGCAAUGCUGUGGCUGUCGCCGGACUCUUGAACGCGGUCUUAGUAAUCCCCGAGUUCGAAUUUCACACCAUUUGGAAGGAUUCAAGCAACUUUGGGGAUAUCUAUGACGAAGAUCAUUUCAUAUCGAGCCUUGAAGGCUAUGUGAAAGUUGUGAGACGUGUUCCGGAUGAGAUAAUGAGCCGUUUUGGUUACAACCUUACAAGUAUCCCUACUAUUCGCGUUCAAGCUUGGGCUACUGUGAACUAUUACAAUGGGGAAGUCUAUCCGGUAUUAAAGGAACAUGGGGUUAUACGGAUUUCUCCUUUCGCAAAUAGACUGGCGAUGAGCGUUCAACCAUAUAUCCAACUUUUGAGGUGCAUUUCGAAUUACAAAGCAUUGAAGUUUUCUUCACAUAUAUCAUCACUAGCUGAAAUGUUAGUUGAUCGGAUGGUUGAGAAAAGCUCAGAGAACGGAGGAAAGUAUGUCUCAGUCCACCUUCGAUUUGAGGAGGACAUGGUGGCCUUCUCAUGUUGUCUCUACGAAGGAGGAAGAGCUGAGAAAUCUGAAAUGGAUGUGAUUAGACAGAAAAAUUGGAAAGUAAAGUUCAAACGAAGGGAUCGUCUUAUUAAGCCUGAUCUUAACCGGGUUAAUGGAAAAUGCCCUCUUACCCCAUUAGAGGUCGGUAUGAUGCUCCGUGGUAUGGGAUUUGAUAACAGCAGUUCAAUCUAUUUGGCCUCGGGAAAAAUCUACCAACAUGAGAAACAUUUGGCUCCUCUCCGGGAAAUGUUUCCUCGUCUCUACACAAAAGAGUCUCUAGCAACUCCGGAGGAGCUUGCCCCAUUUGAGGGAUAUUCUUCUAGAAUGGCUGCUUUGGACUACACGGUAAGCUUGUUAAGUGAAGUGUUUGUGACAACUCAAGGUGGAAACUUUCCUCAUUUUUUGAUGGGCCAUCGAAAAUUCCUCUUCGGUGGACAUGCAAAAACUGUCAUCCCCGACAAACUCAAACUUGUUCUCCUUCUUCAGGACAGGGAAAUGAGGUGGGAAGUUUUCAAGAAAGAGAUGAAACUGAUGUUAGGGGAAAGCGAUAGAAAGGGAGUGAUGGUACCAAGACUGAGGAAGAUCAACAGGAAAACUUCCAUUUACACAUACCCUUUACCCGAAUGCGAAUGCAUCUUUCAUUUGUCUUCCAAUUUUUCGAAUACCGGAAACAUUCAGAAUCUUGGAGCUCUUCAUCCAAUUUCCAACCUCAUGAAUUCUGCAAGAUCAUAGUACCGAGUCUUUUUGACACUUACACUGAAGCUUUGAGCCAUGUCCUGAACGUCUUUUUUGCUCUUCACGAAAGCUUGCAAAUUAGAUAUGGAGAUCUUGAUGAAGAAACUGAGUUCACAUGUAUCCACACAAAGUGUAGCAACUCUUUUGGAUUGAAGCUGUGUUGAUGUUUCUGAUCCUGUAGAAGUUAGGACAAUCACAUAAACAACGGUGAGAUUUUCUGUUCUUAAUGUUGUAUUUUUUUGUUACUUACGUUAUGUCUUUCAAAUUGUUCAAGUGUACAGAAUUUUACAACGUCUGAUGGAAUUUUUCUUCUUAAUUCUUUGUAACAUUACCUGUCAUGUAAUAUGGUCAUAUAGUUCUGUAGAGUGAUGAUUCUUUGUAACUUCAGUUAGUGGAGUGUUGGUGUGUUUGCAGG